AUGCCUUUCCAAAAUUUUGCGUCCCUCUCCGGGGAGGGCGACAACCGUAAACCUAUGCUUCUCCGAAUCUAUCCUGCCUUUUCCGAGGACCCCGACGAACACUUUGAAGUCCUUAUUCGCCGAGACGUCAGCGACGAUGCCGGAAAUAAUUUCCGUGUAGUCACUCCCCUCGCAUCGUUCACGACUGCCAACAACAGAGCGGCAGCUUCCAACUUCCAGCAGGGCGCAGCGAGCCGAGGUGGAGGCAGAGGGAGGGCAAACUCGAACAAGGCGCAUGACGAAUUUGCCUUGGUCCAGGCUUCCCCAUCUGAAUAUGAGGAUAAUAAGAGGAUUACGCCAGAAUUUGAACCCGAGGAAGAGGUGGCCGAGGACGAGGGCGAGGCGGCGGUCAAGGACACAACACCAAAGAGUACACCCCAGCCGGAAUUAUCGCUUUCCGUACCAUAUCAACCAAGACAGAAUCCCGUUCUCACGACGACUCAUCGGGCUGGAAUUCUCCUAGAUCAACCUCAAGUGGCAACGUCGGUACAACAUGCAAGGGGGCAGCAGAAAUUACUUCGGGUCAACAUCCUCUCAUCAGACACGGCCCCAGGUCAAUUAGUAACACUGGAUGUCACGACAGAUACUUAUUUAGCCGAGGUGCUAGACUUGGUGUGCAAGAAGCGGCAGCUAGACAAAGUCAACCAUGUCCUCAAAAUUCCGAACUCGGGAGCUGUCGUCAUGGUGGACCGGCCGGUCGCCUCCCUUGGUGCCGUGUCAGAGCUGGAGCUGCAUCGGCGGCGUUUCGCCACGGAUGGCCCGCUCACAGUGACGGGGUCACCCAGCAGCUCCUCGCCAAAACUUCCAUUCGGCGAGGGCCAGCAGAAGCGUUGGAAGAAGGACAAGUUUAUGGGAGCGCAUCCUCUUGCGCGUGAAGCGCUAAAACAGGACGAACUGAACAACGCCAACUACAAAAGUAUACCGUUUGGCGGAAGCAGCCAAUGCGAAUCGUAG